AUGGUAAAGGCACCACUAUUAUCGACCGCUUCCCAGCAGCAGCACCAGAAGCCCCAGUGCCCGAAGGAGAUCAUUCACCAGCCGUCAUCGGUGGCGCUGUCCUGCGGUUCGUCCACCGCGCAGGUGUUGAUACAGGCACAGCCCCAUCAUCAACACCUUCACCAUCUGCUUCCGGCCCAUCCCGCGCAGCUUCAGCAGCAAUCGCAGCAGCAGCAACAGCAGCAACAGCAGCAACCAUUAUUCAGCUUCCCCCCUCCACUAACUGCAACUGCAGCGGCCACGACUGCGUACUAUCCGAUCGGCACGGUGAAGAAACAUCGGCGCGUGCAGAUACAGAUGGCCACAGAACCACCGGUCGGUGUCGGUACGGGCGGUAUUGUAGUAACGAAAACGGCUACAUCGGCCGCCAUCGCGGUAGUCGCACCGACCGCCCGAAAUGCUGUCGCCAUGGCCACCGGGUCGCUGAACAGUUGCAUCACGACCAGUACCGGUGCGGGGCCGGUAACGGUUUGUAGUGGUGCGGGUUCCACCGUAGGGGUUCCGUCGGCCACCAGCCAAUCCCAGCAGCCAAUUCUAACCCUUGCGCCCAGUACGGUAGCCACGAGCGGUGCUAUCAAGGUCAACCAACCGACGCUACAGCACCAGCGGAUUCAAUCGAUGCACCACAUCCAUCACCAUCACCAUCAUCAGCUGAUCAACGGCAUACCGGCCACGGCCGGACAGCGGAUGCCGGCGAAUGCUGCGGCAGCGGCCGCCGUCGUAGCGUCUACCGCCACCCACACCACGCACAAUCCGGCCGCCGGGUGGCCAAUGGUGGAACCGGUGUUCCAUUUCGGGCCCGGCUUUGAGCUAGAAACGCGCCCAUUCUGUCCGGCCCAUACACCACCGUCGGAGCACGUUGUCCUGUUUCACGUACGACCUGGGGUAGCUGUCACGUUUCAAAUCGCGGGCAACCGGGAAACUAUACGAGGUCCCGUCACACUGCCGAUGGUGUCGCAGAACGGUACGCCUCCGAUGGCGAUGCCGAUGCAGGUACCCCACGGUCACAUGAUGCAACAGAUCGUGGACGAAAACGGAACGCUGCGACACGUCAUCCUUUCGACCCAACCGCCCCAGCCACUGCGACAAGGCAAUGUCCAGCACCAUCUGCAUCCGUCAGCAUUUAUAAAUGGUACCACGGCACCAUUUUUCAAUCCGAUCGCCGCCUCCUACCCAGCGGGUCCUGGUGCCGGUGCACCGCAAAUGUAUCCACCGCAGCUGAUUGGAGCGAAUGGAGCGAACGUCGGUGGAACAGGUGCCGGCGCUGGUGUCGGUGGUAACCAUGGGCUGCACACGCCGCAAGGAAACAUGCCACACUCGCCAUCGCCUCCGCACACCAACACCAGCUACCACAAGGAUGAACGAGCCCAGCGGCAGCACUCGAAACUGCAUCGAAAGCUGGACCAGAAGCAGCGAGAAUUGAACGCAUCGGCAACGACGCCGAUCAAUUCGCCUCGAAAGCAUGCCGAACUGAACGGGAGUGGCGGUGUGCGGAAGUCUCACACUCCUCACCAUCUGCUGCCUAAUCACAUGAACCACCGCAAUGGUACGGCGGCCGUUGCGAUUACCACACCGUUGGCCACUUCCGAGGAGGAAACGUCCAGCGCACCGGAUGAGGAGGACGACAACACGCAGUCAAUCAUUGUGGAACACCUGAGCUCGGUACCGUCGCCGCAGGUUACCGAAAUAACACCUCGUACGGCGCUGCUGCAAUGGUCACCACCGACCCCGGUACCGGUACAGCAGGUACCGCCCCCGGUACCGGCCGGACCCGUCCCGGGCGUUCCUCCACCACCCAUUCCCGGUGCCUUGGAACCGCUGCCCUUUAAUGUGCAGGAUCUGCGCUACGAGGUGCUGCUGAGCGACCAUGGCAAGGAGAACAAGUAUAAGAGCAUUUUCAAGGGUUCGUCGCUUUCGUGCAAGGUGCGGGAUCUGCGACCGGGGCAGGAGUAUACGGUGCGACUGCAGGUGUACCUGGAUCAGCUGCACGGCUCACCAACGGAACCGACGGUGUUCAAUACGCCGUGCUGUGAACCGGACGUACCGGCAUCGCCCAAACUAAUAGCACGUACCAAGAACUCGCUUCAGCUGCGUUGGAACGCACCGUCAGAUAAUGGUUCGCACAUCAUCCAUUACAUUCUCGAGUACGACAAUGGCAAGAGUGGUGGAUCGAUGCACCAUCAGCAGCAGCAACAGCAGCAAACGAUGCAACAGCAGCAUCACUUGGGCUACGAGUUUAUCGAGGUGAGCAAAACGAAGGGUAAGCAGUUCCAAGUCAAUAAGCUACAACCUUCCACGUACUACGUGUUCCGGUUAUCGGCGGUGAACGAGUACGGUCGCAGCGGCUAUUCCGAUCUGGUCAAAUAUAGCACCGUCGGUAAUGCACCGGCACAGCCUACACCGCCAACCUUGCGCCAUGCGACGGCCACCACGCUGAAGUUGGCCUGGCAGCGUCGAUCAUCGUGCGAGGAGUACACGCUACAGAUGAACGACGACCAGGGCUACGGCUAUCGGAACGUCUACAAUGGUGUGGAUACGCUAUACGAGUGUAGCGGUUUGAGACGUGCUUCAACAUUCCAGUUUAGAUUAAGGGCCGAAAACGAUAACGGGCGGGGACCGUGGAGCGAGGAGGUCGUGUUCCGGACGUUACCGACGUGUCCGGGGCGGCCAACCAAACCGCAGGUUAAGGGCAAGAUCCAUGCAAACGGGUUUAAGGUGAAAUGGGAUCCGCCACACGAUACGGGCGGUGCGGAAAUUGCGCUGUACCAUCUGGAGAUCAGUUCCGGCGCAUCGUACGAUCGUGUGUACAGCGGUAAAGAGUCGGAAGCGACUAUUGAACGGUUGAACCCCGGCACGGCGUACCAGAUCCGGGUGCUGUGUGAAGGACCCGGCGGUAUUAGUACGUUUUCCGAGCCGUGUUUGGUAACAACGGAACCUGUAACACCUGGCCCACCACAGAAACCCUAUUGCAAGUCACCACCGACGCCGUAUGCCGCUUGCCUCGGUUGGGAAAAACCGGACUACAACGGUGGUUCGCCAGUGCUCGAGUACGAGAUGGAAGUGGAAACCGUCAGCACGAAGGUGCGCAGUGCGGUGUACCGAGGAAAGGAAAUGUUUUGCGUCGCGAAGGAUUUGCUGCCGGGUGAACAGUAUACCGUGCAGGUGCGCGCACUGAAUCGCAUCGGUGCCGGCCCGUGGUCGGACGAGUUUACGUUCACGGCUGGGGCCGCACCGCCCGAAUCGCCGCGCGAUCUAUCGAUCGUCCUGAAGUCGCCAACGCAUUUAACUGUGAUGUGGGCCGAGCCGCACAGCAACGGGUCACCGAUAAGCGAAUACAUUCUUCAAUCCAGUGCCGAUUCCAACGUAUCAUCCACGGCGGAUGAUCAUGCCAGCGGUAGUGAUCCGAACGCGAACUACCAGACGGUUUACCGUGGGGCGCACCGUUCCGCCGACGUGCGCAACCUGCAUCCCCACUCGCGGUACCACUUUCGGGUGUGUGCGCUGAAUGCGGCCGGAUGCUCCCGGCACUCGGUAUCGAUCAGCCAGCAGAUGCCGGCAGCGCCACCAAACGCACCCACCAUCGGUGGGCAGAAGAUCACGGCCAAGAGCAUACUUAUUAGCUGGCAGACACCGCAUGAUAACGGUUCGCCGGUGACGCAGUACAACAUCGAGUGUGGCGAUCGGUUGAUCGCGACGGACGCUCAGAGUGCCAGUGCAGCCGCUAUCGCAGCUACCUCGCCCGACCACCACCAGUCGGCCGGGUACCCAGCAGCCGAAGAUUACGACGACGGAGCCGAGUACGACGACGAGGAGGAAGAGGAGGAAGCAUCCAUCGGCAGUGCAGCGUCGACUGACGCGGAGGAUGAACCAUCGCAACCGGCCCCACCAGCAACAACGGUUGCAGCGAAUUUAGUAGAUAGCAACUUAGGCAAACUAGCAGCAUCCACAGCGGGGUCUGUCACCGUCCCCGCGGCAAGUCCUGCACACUCCACCAAGGGAGCUAACAGCGGUGCGAAAGGGCAAGGCGCAUCAGUGGCCACUGCGAUGGUCGGUGGUCGUACGAGUAACAGCAACAUGCUGUUGAUCAGUGAUCUGCACCCGGAAACGACGUACAAGCUGCGAAUACAGGCGAUGAAUAGCAUCGGUACGGGACCGUUCUCAAGCUACAUCAAGUUUACCACAUCGCCGUUACCGCCGAAGCCGCCGAAGUUGGAAUGCGCCCAGGCGGGCUAUGCGCAUCUGAAGUUGCGCUGGGGCGAAGGUAAAAAUCUCGAUCUGGCACGGUACUUCGUCGAGAUGGAAAACAGACGUACGGGCGAGUUCCAUAACGUGUACACCGGUACACGCAACACGUGCAAAGUAAUGCGGCUAAACGAGCUCACCAGCUACACGUUCCGGAUAUGCGUCGAGACGCGACACGCCGGCAGGGGGGAGUUUUCGGAUGGAUUCAGCUUUACGACAGCGGUAGCCGCACCGAACAGCAUCAAGGCACCGCGCAUUUGUAUGGAUCCGGCCGCAGCUGCAGCCGCUUCCGCUGGUUCCGGUAAUGCUGCUGGUGCGGCUGAUCCCGCCCGGCACGGUACACUUACGAUCGAGUGGCAAACUAGCCGAAAUAACCCGUUCGUCGAUCCGAUCGAGUACAUACUGCAGAUGGCCAAAGCUAGGGACCAAGAAUUUCAACAGGCUUACCGUGGACCCGAAACGCGCUUUACUGUGCACAAUCUGCAGCAUGGCGUAAGCUACACAUUCAAGGUAUGUCCGGUACGUGUGCGCCAGAACGGAGAGCACGUAAGUGGAUCGUUUUCUCCGGUACUGAAUCACCAUCUGGCCACAAACGUGCCCCGGUCGAGCGCGAAUGCAGCCCGGUCCGGACACGGUACAGAUGACGUCGAUGGACGCACAAUGUUCCAGGGAAAUGUGGUCAACAGUCGGGGUGAGUUGGUAUUGACAAAAGCGUCGGCUGGUGCUGGUCUCCUGCUGUCCGGCACUAACGGAUACGGUCCGGAUGCCGAUCAUCAUGGGUCUCGAAGUGAAUCGGUCGCAUCGACGACGCUGCAACAGCUGCAGCGGUUCUUUGAGCCAGACUCGAGCAAAGCGGUUGUCUGUGUCGUUGCGUUCAUCCUACUGUCCAUCAUUGUUGCCGCUUUCCUGAAGUAA